AUGGACCCAACAUCAUGGUCAGCUUACAGUCAGCAUUUUUCUCGGCUGGGAGCUUCUAUAAACCAUCCUCCCGGAUCUUUGCCUCAGUCGGCACAGAUGAACGAUCUUGCAUUGUCAUCAUCUUUGCCACGGCAAGACCACAUACCAGGUUAUGGAAAUGCUGGUGGGCCACAUCACUUUUUAUUAGCAGCUUCUCAUGGCUUGAAUCCUUCUCAGGCCAAUCAUAACGAUCCCUCAUUCAAUGCAAAUUUGUUUGCUGCUAACUAUGAUGCUAGUCUAUUCUCUGCUUCCUUCCCUACUUCUAAUAAGGGACAUUUGUCUUCAUUUCCACAAGGAGCUGCUGGACUCUUUAAAGCUGUAAAUAGAGAAAAUGAUUUCAAUGAUCUGCGAACUGGCUUUUCUCAUUGUGGAAUGCCGUCUUAUGCCAGAAAUUCUGAUGGGAACAGUGGUUUACCUAGUGGUUCUGGUCUUGGCUCUGGACAUCUCUUUCCUAAUUCUAUGCCUCCUAGUUCAUGGAGGCAUUCUGGUAUCAUUCCAUCUUCUUGCGGACCUUUCGGGGUUUUACCUCACGAAACUGUGUUGCAACGAUCUCAUCUAGUAGGACGUGGCAGUGACAAAAUAAGUGUUCAAGCAUCUAAACAAUCCCGCUCUUCUCUUCAGGGGACUUCUUUUGUUGAGCAGGACUUAGGGCGUGGAUACAGGAGCAUUCUGUCAUCUCCUGCUCGUCCACCAUCAUCAUAUGUGGAUAGUAGCAAUACAUCACAUUCCUCUCUUUUAUCGCCACAGAAUGAUCCAUAUUUUUCAUCUGUGAGUGACAAUUACUACUCUUCCUGCUCAAAAAAUGAUUUUGCAGCAUAUAGUUCUUAUUGUUCUAAUGUGCAGCCUGGUGUGCAAAGAAGUUCAAUUACCCCAUACUGUUAUCCUCAAACAUUUGGAAGCUUUGAUCCAAAUGUAGAAAAGCAAGAUGCCCCUUCCACGAGCACAAACACUAGUGCCAAUGCUAAUUUCUCGAAUUUUGUGCCAAAUAGCAGUCUAAAUGGCAAUCCCUCUCAUAUACAUAAUGGCCAAAUUUCUCGUCAAUCUGUAAUUACCAGUAAUGUCAGUAACAAUCCUGUGAUGUAUAAUUCAGAAUCUCAUCAGCAACCUCAUUCAUAUAACAUCAGAGAAACAUAUCCAUAUCCACCUAGCUCUGCACAUUCAAACUGUCCUCCAGCCCAUACUGGUAGUAGUAGUAGUAGCGGGAGCAGUAGUGGAAGACAAGCUUCAGCACAUUCAGGCAAUAGUCAUUCUUCAGCUGUUCAUUCUGUGUAUCCUCCUAUGAGCACUCCUAUUCCCGCCUCUACUCCUGCGCAUACUACCCCUCCUACCUCCAUGGGUCAAGCUCAUGUUCCAACACCUUUGCCCAUGAGUCAUGACAGUGGAUGCUCGUCUGUGAACAGUCAAUCUGUAAUGUAUCGUUCUCCUUCAAAUGAUGGCUGUUAUUCAACUCCAGGCACGUGCCAUUCUGAAUCGGAUUCGCCUGCAAAACCAGACCUGUCUCAACACUCAUCACCAUCUGUUUAUUCAGUUGAAAGCAGCAAUUUAAGUAUGAAUAGUGGUCCUUUCGUGGAUGGUCACCAUGCACGUCCUCAUUCCAAUCCUGGAAGCAAUUUCGAUGGUAACAUCUUAAUUAAUGGGGAACUACCUUCUGAAACACAAGAUAACCCUAGUGGCUCUCCUAAGCUGGAUGAUAAGGAGACAACACCUGUUAAUUCAGCAUCAAGCACUGCAAGACAGAAGAAUAUAAGUGCUGCCCAUUUGUCUUCUAUGAUACCAAUUGAUAUGGUGAAGUUGGAUAAAGAAAGUGCUUACAACAACUCGUCAGCAAAAGCAAAUUUUGAAAGUCGCAGGGCUAAGUUGAAUUUACUUGCUCAAAAUCUUGAGAAGCAACUAGAUCCUACAGCUUCGUCUAGACCUGACUGCACUAUGCGGAAUGGAAAAAAUAAUGUUUUUGUUUUUCCAUCAGAUUUUCCAUCUGCACUUGAUUUUACACCUAAAGGGCAACUGAAUUCCAAACGUGGUCACAAAAGAAAGUGUGAUUCUUCUGAAAACGCUAUGCCCCUCAAUUGCACUUAUUCUCAUCUACAAAAUAGUCACAAUUCUUCUCCUUCACCUGAAACUCCCACUGGUAGUGAGAAUAAAGUUGUGAGUCCCACCAAUCAAGAUAGUGAUUUUGAAAGUCAACCAAAUGAUAGUAACAUGCCCGCAGAAACAAAUCCUUCACCACUACCUGUUGAUCUUUCUCAUGUCCCUUUAAAAUUAAGUACUAGAAAAUCAGAAUCUCCAGAGCCUAAAGAAGAAAUAAAAACUGAUCUAUCCAAUCUAAAUUUUGAAGCAGUUGAAACCUCUGAAAAAUGGUCCCUACCUAAAGCCGAUGCUUCGACUGAUGAUUCGAAGUGCAAAGACCUUGAAAACCCAUCAAGUCCAGCUAUUGACCAGGAACCUGAAAAACUAAAUAAAUGUGAAUCUCCAAUCUGUAGAACGCCACCCAUGGAUGAUUUGUCUGAUGAAUCAAAAAAAUUGUGCAAUAGUAUUGAGGAAGAUUUGGGCUUCCUUGCUGGCUUGUCGUCUGAUCCUGACGUUGAAGACAGUGUAUCCAAAGGAAGCUUUUCAGAAAAGAAAAUCAAAAAGGAACAGGGAUUUUUGCAAUCAUUUUUGACAUUUCUAGAGAGCAGUAAUGAAACAUCAAAUGUUCAUUCUGGUCCUAUUAAUUUGGGAACAAAAUCUGACAAGUCUGGAAAUACUGAAUCAACUGUGAAAGAAGAAGAAAAUGAAAAGAAGAAUGAAGUUUCUCCAGAGCACACUCAUAAAGUUGAGAAAAGUAAUCUCGUUGAAGAACAAGAUGAUAAGGAUAAUUUCGAUGAGGCACCUUCUCUCGAUCCCUCUCUGUUUGGAUGCUCCACACUGCAGAAAGAAAUGGUUGUUCCUAAUCCUGAGGCUCCAUCUUUUUCUUCAGAUGAAGACGAAAAUUCAACUCAGGGGAUAUUUGACUCAGUUGCCAUGGCAAUUCAGAGGCUUUGUGAAGAUAAUGAAGAAGACCCCAACGAAAAAGUGAAUAAAUCAGGCAGUUCCAGUAAAAGCAAUUGUGAUGAAGAAAUUCCAUCUCUUUCAAAUAUGAAUACAGUGGGAGGGGAAACUUUACCUGAAACUAAGGAAGCUUCUAAAAAUGAACAAGUUGAACAGUGUACCAUAAAGAGUGCUUGUGUUCUGAAAACUAAGAGGGGUAAAAGAAGAAAAGCAAGGCAUUUACUUGUUAUCAAAGUCAAAAGAGCUGCUGAGAAAGCUUCUGAUGCCCCAAAAACAGCUUCUGAGAGUUCGAAACCAGUUCGGAAGAAAGAUGAGAAAGUUACAAAAAUCACUCAGAGCACUCAAAGGAGGACAUUGAUGAGAAAAUGUAAAGUACAAGGAUUAAAGAAAAAGAAAAAUUCUAAAGCAAAAAGAAAACCAAGAAAUUGUGUGAAAAGGAAGCACAGUGAAGAAGAAAAAGAAAUUACUGAUGCUGUUAUUAAAGAAAAAGAGAAGGAUGAAGGAACUGUACUAGAAGAAAAGGUUAUCAUAAAAGAGAGCGCAGAGCCAAAAUCACCAGAAGCUGCACCACCAGUUGUUCAAGUUGUUACCCCUAAGAAACCAAAAAGGCUUUUCUACAAGGGUAGACGGAGGCGGAGAAGUCACAAAAAGGUCUGUGCUACUGAAAAAAAUCCUGCAGAAUCUGAGCCUGUAAAAACAAAUGAAGAAGAUGCUGUCCCUUGUACCAGUGAAACUCCUGAUGCAAGUUCGAGUCAAAAAUCUUCAAAUGUUGCAGAAAAUUGUUUGAAUACUGAAACACAUUUCAAGACUGGUGAUUAUGUGAUCAGCAUUGACAAUAAAAAUUCUGACAAACCACCUAUAUGGCGAAUUGAAGGAAAGAAUGUUCUGCAGCUAUUUGAAGCCGUAGAAGGAGAUAGUAGUAGCAUUUUGUACCGCAAUACUUCUUCCUAUUCCAGAUGGAGUCCUUCGUCAAAACACAAAUAUUCAAAACAACCUGUCAAAGUUAUUAAAUCCGAUGAUGACACUGUGAUAGUAGAAUUACUCACAAGUACUGAUAAUAUAGAUGUUAAAGAUAAUAGCAGUACCUGUGAUUAUACUGUUCAUCCUCAGCGGGAAAAUUUUGAAGUUUAUCUACAGACUCUAGUUAGUCAUGCAUUAGAUCCAGAUUUCAUACCUGAAAUCAUCAAAGAAAAUGAUGAAUAUUUCCUAUCUCAUUUGCAAGUGAUUGAAGAAAUCACUUCUUCAAAAAAGAGUUCUUUACUUCAGUGUGAGAAGUGGAGCACUCAGCUUUUCAACUCUGUCAGAAUGUAUCCAUAUGUUAGUGUUAGCAUGAGCAAAGAAGAUGAAAAAAAUUUAUGUCAGGUAUGCAAUAGCAGCAAAGUCCAGUAUAUUGUCCAUUUUCAUGGGCAAAUAUAUGACCCCAUGACUUUAACGAGUAAAGCUGAAGGACAAAGUCAUCCUGUUUGUGAUUUUAAUUUCCCACUGUGUGGGUCCUGUGUACAAAUUGUUACUCUUUAUAAUAAACUACAUCAUCACAAAUACCAUUUUUUCCAGAUGGGUUGUAAAAAG